AUGGAUCAGUAUUGGCAACAAAUCCUAAGUGCUUGCACCAGAGAGGGGCAUCAGGUCACUCUGGAUCCCCAAAACAAUGAUGAUGACAGGGUCUGUGUAGACAUAGCAGUCAAGGUGGACUGGAUCAAGGCUGGGCUGUUGGUUCACAAAGCAUAUCCCAAGAGCAUUGCAAGUCUUCCCAUCAGAAAUCAACUCCUGUUCCAGAAUGUCCAGCACACUGUCAGCACACUGCCAAUCAAGUUCACUGAAGCAAUCAAGGAGUCCAGACUGACUAGAGACAUGAUUUCCACCUUGUUCAUUGAGCAGCAUUCUGCCUUGGGCAUGCUGAAUACCAACAUGCAGGCACCACACUUUGUGCAAGAAUAUAUGAUCUACAUGCCAGUAACUCUCCCACCACAAGUGCUGGUGAAGAUGUUGAAAAAGGGGCCUCAGGAAGCCCUCCAUGCAACCUUGGAACAGCAAACACUGGCUGCAAACAGUAGACUUGUAUUCACUCUCAAGUUGGGCUUGCUGCCAAAUGGAAAGGUGGCUCCUGAUGUCUAUCAGACAGGUAGAAAUUUCAUUUGUUGCAUUUCCCUGCCUUCACAGAAUGUACUGAAUAAAUUUGGUGAGGAUGAAGAGUUGCUCAUGUCAUAUGGUAUCAAGCUUCCAAAGGUGGGCACCAAUUCAGAUGUUGAAGAGUGCUGGGGGACACAAGGAGAAGAAGAGGAAAGGGAGGGUGUUCAACACCUGGGCAAGUUCAAGUCUGAUUAUCAGACUAUACAAAAGGAGAAGGCAGAGAAUGCAAAGGAAGAGAGGAGAGGAGCCAGGGAAGCCAGGGCUGUGGAGAAGGCAAGGAUCUUUGUAUCCCAUAUCUCAGCAUGCUCCAUUUGGCUGUCAACAAAGAAUUUCUCUGCCUUAACUAAUGUGACCAACCAUGUUGCCACUAAUCAUUCCAUCAUGAACAUGGAUCAGAUCCAGUUCAAUAGUGCCUUGUCAGAAACCAAUGUUGCUUCUGUUCUCCCCACAGAAAUCAGAGGACCACAAGACAUUGUCAAAAAACUUGUCAAUCAGUCAACACUGGGGUGUGCACUACAGUCAUGGAUGAUGAUGAUCUGGGCACUGGGCCUGUGA